GGUGUAAAAAAAAAAAAAAAGCCAAAGCAUGUGCCUUUGAGAAUUUUUGUGUGCUAAUUUUUUUUAUUUUUGCUCAAUUCAGUCACAAGACAAUGUCAUAAUUAUUAUUGUAAAUUUAAUUAAAAAAACGUAAAUAAAUUCAAUUUGUAAAUAUCUCAAUACUCAUUUUAAUAAACAAAAAAAAUAUGUGUAAUAAAACGUGACAUUUUAGCCAAAGAAAAAAUAAAAAAUAAAAAAAAACUCCUAUUACAAAACAAUCUGUGUAUAUUGUGAAAUUAAUUAUCAAUAUUUGAUUAACAAUAAAAAAAAAUCAUGUAUAAAUUUAGUUUAUCUCGAAUAAUAUUGAGAAAACUUAAUCCCAAAGAGCUAAAUAAAUCACCUAAUAAUAUAUUUGUUAUAAGUAAUUAUCGUUUUUAUGGUAAAUAUAAUAUUUUAAGUAAAAAAUUAGGUAUAUGGUUUAGUGAACAAAGGUUACAAGUAACUAAAGCAUGUAUAAAACAAUUUCAAUUAAUAACUUCACAACGUGUACGACGUAGUUUUAAAUUAUUUAAUAUAUACACAAAAUUACGCCAAGAAAUAGGCUCAAAAGAAUUUUUAAAAUUAUGGAAAAAAAAGCUUGAAAAUAAUACUAAAGAAUUUUUAUUUAGUAGUAUUGCUGUUACAAUAUUUAAUUGGGAUCAUGAAAGAAUAACAGACAAUGAAUUAUACAGUUAUGCAUCAGAAAUUGAAGUUAUUCAUAUGCUUCGUGACAGCUCAGUUGUUUGUGAAAAAUGUCAUUUAAGAUUGGUCAUUGAUCAAAAACAAAAUGAUGUCAAGUACUGUACUUGUCAUGGAUCAAAAACACCAUUUGCCAGUGUCAAUGAUGACUGUGAAUGGAAGCCAUUUAUUGAGAGAGAAGACAUGUUAAUUUGGAGAAAAGAAGAACCAAAUAGUGGUGGUUUAUAUGCAUACAAAGUAUUUGGUAAAUUUUCUGAUGUAUCUGCUGAGGAAUUUCUUCAGGUACAAGUUGAUGUUGAUUAUAGAAAAGAAUGGGAUCCAACAGCUAAAGAGUUGAGUAUUAUUGACACUGAUCCAAUGUCAAUAUCAGCUAAAGAUGACAGAACAGAUGUUGUUUAUUGGGAAAUGAUAUGGCCGAGAUUAUUUUCAAAUCGUGAUUAUGUUUAUCAAAGAAGAUGGGUUGUUGAUGAAGAAAAAGGAAUCGUUGUUAUUGUUAGUAAAGUAAUUGAUCAUCCAAGUGUACCAAAAAGACCAGAUACAUACAGAGUGCAAUCAUACUGGUCGUAUAUGGUAAUAAAACCUUGUACAAAAUUUAACGAGCCAGGAAUUGAAUUUGGAUUGACGUAUUUUGAUGAUCCAGGUGUUAAUAUUCCAUCAGCUGUUACAGCAUGGGUAGCAAUGAGUGGUUUGCCAGAUUUUUUAAUUAGAAUGAGACAUGCAGCAAAAGAUUACAAAAAUUAUAUAUUUAAAAAAAAUAUAAAUUCACCAAUUGCAGAAAAAGAAAAAGAAGAACAAGUAAUAACUAUUGAUGAUAAAAAUAUAAAUAAAAAUAUAACAGAAGAAUUUGAUACAACUCAAUCAUCAAGAGAACAAGAAAUAUUAACUAUUAAAAAUGAUAAAUUAAUUGAUGUUGAUAAACCAUCAAUUAAAAUAAAUAGCAUAAUUGAUGAAAAAAUAAAUAACAACAGUGAUAAUGAUGAUAAUAAUGAUAAGGAAAAAGAUGAAUAUCUUGAUGAACAAAUUGAAAAAGAAAAUGGUUAUUUACGUUAUUUUUUUUUAACUCGUUUAUUUGCAUGACAAUUACAUACAUUUUCGUCGUCCGACUUUGAUUUUGGUCAACGAAAAUAGCACAAGUUUGAUACUGUCCAAUGAAAAAACGUUAAAUUUACCCCACCAGGUUAACAGUAUAUAUAUUUUUAUUUUAAACUAAAUGUAAUUAGUGGUACAAUGACGAAAUGAAAAUUCAAAGGCACAUGUUUGAUAUAAAAAAAAAAAAAAAAAUCAAAUGUUGAAUUUAUAAUAGAGAACUAUUUUAUAUUUUAUAAUGUAUAUAAUAAUCAAUAUCAUAUUGAACAUAUUAAUUUGUAUUUGAAAAAUAAAUAAAUAUUCAAUUAUUCAUUUAUCAAAA